UCAGGCAUCAUUGAUGUUGCUUUCCAGCAGCCUGUCAGGAUUGGAAUUCUCCAAUUCCUCUACUCCUAAAAGAGCUCUCUUUACCCUGGGUUCCAGGAUUGCAUAGAUGUGAAGUGCCCUGGCAGAAUCCUUGAAGUUAUAAGAGCCAGAAACCCACAUAGAUAUAGGGGUCACUGUCAUUUGGGGACGUGGCUGUGGGCUUCACUCGGAGAGAAUGGCAGCAACUGGACCCCACACAGAGGACCCUAUACCGAGAUGUGAUGCUAGAGAACUACAGCCACCUGGUCUCAGUGGGGUGUCAAGGCAGCAAGCCAGCUGUGAUCUCCAGGUUGGAGCAGGAGAAAGACCCAUGGAUGGAGGAGGAGGAGAUGUACAGGUGGAGCUUUUCAGAAGAAGUUUGGCAAGAGGUUGAUGCCGAAGUAGAUAAACAGGAACCCCAAGACAAACAUUCAAAGCAAGUUGCAGUCCUAGACAAGGAAAAAUCGACCAAAACAGGGCUCCAUGAAUGUAGUGCACUUGGAACAAAAUUUUAUCAGAACUCAAACCCCAUUCCAUCAAGACAUCAGGCCCAUAUGUGUGACUCAUGUGGGGACAGUCUGAAUUGUAAUGUAGACUUUCGUCCUAAUACCUACCUCGCAAGAAGGAGAUUUGAGUGUGAUGGACAUGGGAACUUAUUUCUCUUUUCUAAGCUUGAAACUCCAAAUUCUGGAGGGAAACUACAUGAAUGUAACCAGUGUAGGAAAGCUUUAAGCUGUGACAUAGUCCUUAAUGCUGAUCAGGUAACCAAAAAUGAAGAGAAACACUAUGUAUGCACACAGUGUGAGAAAACCUUCUCCCACAGAUCAGAGCUCAUUGUCCAUCACAGAGGCCACAGAGCUGAGACGUCCUUAGCAUGCAGUGAACAGAGGACUGGUUUCAGGGAGGUUUGCUUCAACAAAGGGGGAAGUCACACAAGAGAAAAAUCCAGCAGAAACAGCAAUCAUGAUAAAAUGACCUCCCAGAAGACAGACCUGCCUGUACCUGAGACAAUCCAUGUUGGAGAGAAGCCUUAUAAGUGUUCAGAAUGUGAGAAAACCUUCUCCCACAAGUCACGUCUCAUCGAACACCAUAGAUCACAUACAGGAGAGAAGCCCUAUGGCUGCAGAGAAUGUGCGAAAUCUUUCUCCCGGAAGUCAUGCCUCAUUAUUCACUAUAGAAUCCAUACAGGAGAGAAACCCUAUGGCUGCAGUGAAUGUGGGAAAGCCUUCUUCCAGAAGUCACACCUCAUUCUCCAUCAGAGGACUCACACCGGAGAGAAGCCCUAUGGGUGCAAUGAGUGUGGGAAAGCCUUCUCCCAGAACUCCUGCCUGAUCAUACACAAGAGAACUCACAUGGGAAAGAAACCCUAUGAAUGCUCGGACUGUGGAAAGACCUUCUCCCAGAAGGCGAAUCUCAUUCGACAUCACAGGAUUCACACUAGGGAGAAACUGUAUGGAUGAGUGAGAGAAAGCGUCAUCAUCAGGAACCCACAACACACAUAGGAAUGAACACCUGAGAAUGUUCUGGAUGUGGAAGCGCUCUCAGCAAGAAAUCCAACCCCGCUGUCUGCAGAGGUCCAUCCAUCCUGAGAUGAAAUUUUGACAAUUUGGUGAAUCAGGAAAAGCAUAUUCUGUUGAAAGUAACCACAGAAGGAUAAUAAUGUGCUAUUUUUAUAGGAUAAACUUCAUUAAAAAGGAUAUCUUUGCUACCUAUGGAUGUUAAGGUUUUAAAUAUGAGAAGGAAUUGAGUUAUUUAAACAACAUAUCUAAUAAGCAGCAGAACAAUCCCAUAAGUAAAUAAGGGUUGUAUUCCUGAGUAUACUAUAAAGAACCUACUUCCAAGUUGCAUUGGUGAACUGAGCAUAAUUGUGAGUUUGUAGAAACAUAUGCCAUAAUAUAUAGAAUAAUAUCAAUUAAGACUUUCUAUACUAAAUUACCUUCUGGCAGUAUAAUGUAUAUAAUAACCAGAACAGUACAAAUUCAUUAUUAAACCAGAAGUCCAUAUAUAGUACCACAUGCCAUUUCUCCUAUUGUUUGCUGACAAACAUUACAGAGCUUCUGAAUCUGGAAGCUGACAAUUUCAUGACAUUUUCUGACAUCACUCAAUCAACUAGUUUAUCGGUUACAUUUAUAAUUAUAGAUGUAUAAGGUGAGGACUCCCUUUUCCAACUGGGUGGCAGACUGUCCACAGUAAAAACCCUUCCACUGUAAACAACUAGGAAUGAUAGACCAAAAAAUGCCAACGUUAUUUUCAAUGCAUAAUUCAGCUUUUAAGAAAAUAACUUUCCAGAUGCCAACUAUGUAGAGAGAACUGACAACUAGAAAUAGUUUGUGAAUUGAUGCUGUAACUGCACUUUGUGUUUCGUUUUAUUUACCUGGAAGCUUGAUUGUGCAAGACUAUAAGAUGACAAGAAGUGAGGCUCUGGGGUCACAUAAGGCAGAGUGUUGGCACUGAAAUAAAUUCAGAACUUUCAAAAACCUAUACAUGCAGGGAAAGGGAAUACUAAAGACAGAAAGCUUGUCAUCUCACCUUGGGCUCUGAUUUAACUUUGAUACAUAAGCUCUGAUCUGCAUCUCACAUAAGAAUUUCAAAUUUGUCUAUUCAUGUCCCGGUUGAAUAGCUGAAUGAUUAACAUAGAAAUUUGUCAUGGUCUUUAAAACUUAUAGAAGUAAACACAAAAUGUUUUUGGAGGAAGGUACUCUCAACCCAUGUUUCUCAGGAUUCUGACACAUAAGCUCAAGCUAAAGUCAUCUCA